GGAAGAUCAGCCAUGUUUUGGGCACGCAUACCAGACAGUUAAAGAAUAUAUGUAACUUUUUGUAAACAAGAGAUUGAACAACCAUGGAUCCUCAUUCCAGUGCCCAGGAUGUACCCCGAUGUGACCUUUGUGAGACCGCCAACGUACACAGCUACUGUGACUUUUGUCAUGUCAACCUCUGCAAGCCCUGCAUUGGAGAUCACAUCGCAGAUGGAUACGACAAACAUAAAAUAGUCCCUUUCAACGAACGAAGAUCAACUCUCAUUUAUCCAACGUGUAAAAUACAUCCACACAAGAAUUGUGAUUUUCAGUGUGAGGAUUGCGAAAACAUUUUUGUUUGUUCUUCCUGUACUGCAUCUAAACAGCACAAGGGACAUAACUUUGUAGAAGUUACAGAAGUUUACAAGACAAAGAAAGAAGUUAUUAAAAAAGACACAAAAGACUUGGAGAAUCAUAUUGCCCCUACAUAUGAAGAAAUUGCCCUCGACUUGGAAAAUCAGCUUGCCUGCCUGGAUGGAGGAUAUGAGAAACUUACAACAGAAAUGUCUAAACAAGGAGAGCAAUGGCACAGAGAAAUCGACAUCGUCAUCAACAAAAUGAAAACUGAAAUCAGCAAGAUAAAAGAGAAACACAGAGACAUUUUACAGAAACACUUGAAUGAAAUCAAACAUAUACAGUCUCUCAUAAAAGAAACAUUACAGACCAUAAGGAAAAUGGAGAAAUCCACUGAAGUAUCUUCAACCAUUGAAUACAGCUCUAAGAUCAGAGAGUUCAGCAAGCUUCCACCUAAGGUUCAGGUAUCACUGCCAACAUUCAUUCCAAAUCCAAUAGACCGUGAGAAGCUGUAUAGUUUGUUUGGAAAGAUCACUCCAUUAUCUACUGCUACAGAAGAAACUGUCUUGUCACUAAACCAACCAAACACUUCAGUCAGAGAACUACUGGAUGAGCCUAAGCUUGUUGCCACAAUACAGACUGGAUAUGAAAAUCUACGCAGUGUUACCUGUCUGAAUGAGGACAGGAUAUGGACGAGUGGAAUGACCAAUGAUAUCAAAUGCUUCAGCAUUCAAAGUUCACUCCUCCAGACAUUCCAGACAAAAUCAAAGAUUUUCCCUAAUGCUAUAGUUGUAGACAGUGAUGGGGAUCUAAUUGUCUCUGAUGGAGCAGUUAGGACAGUGUAUAAAGUCAAGAAUAGACAAACAAAAGAGUUGAUCAGAUUACAGGGAUGGAUACCUGGUCAGCUGUGUGUCACCUCUACUGGUGAUCUCCUGGUUACCAUGUUCAGUGAUGAUGAAACUCAAUCCAAAGUUGUCCGUUACUCGGGAUCUACAGAGAAACAAACCAUUCAAUUUGAUGAAGAAGGUAAACCUCUGUACUCAGGGAAUGAUAAAACUAAAUACAUCACAGACAACAGAAACCAUGACAUCUGUGUAGCUGACAGUGAGGCUGGUGUAGUAGUGGUGGUUAAUCAAGACGGGAAACUCAGAUGGAGAUACACCGGUCAUCCCUCAGUUACCAAGAACAAACCAUUUAAACCCUGGGGUAUCACAGCAGACAGUCAGAGUCGUAUCCUGACAGCAGACUGUAACAACCAUUGUAUCCACAUUCUAGAUCAGAAUGGACAGUUUCUCCAUUACAUUGAUAACUGUGAUCUGAAGAAUCCUUAUGGUUUAUGUGUGGACAAUAAUGACAAUCUGUUUUUGUGCGAGUAUUUCAAAGGCAAUGUAAAGAAAAUCAAAUAUCUAAAGUAGACAUCAUGAAUUAUAAAAAUGUGAUGAAAAUCAAACAAAAGUGGCCUUUUUCUGACGUGUAUAUAAUAUUUAUUGAAUUUCAUUGUUGGCAUUUUCUAUGAAAUAGAUUUAAACUUUGCUUUCCUUUAUAUACUGAUGGAUUCAUAUUUUACCGGUAAUUCUAUUCUUUGAUUAUUAUUAUAUUAAUACAUGUAUUAUUAAUUCUAUUUUCAAUAAAAAAAAACAUCUCUAAUCCAAUUCCAUUAUUUAAAGAAAGUAGCAUUUGAGCAUUGUUUGCAUGUUAUAUACAACUGUUGUACCUUAUCAAAUAAAUUGACAAGUGUCAUGAU